AUGACGCACCUGGAGCGAGCAGGCAGGACAGAAGUGCUCUGCUGGGACUCCCCAGUGAGCGAGAAGGGAUCUGGAGAAGGCAGAGCAGCCCAGCUGGUGGCCCAGCAGGACCUGGUGGUGGCCCACACCAGGAAACAGCUCCUGCUCCCUUCUCCUCUGCCGGGGCGUUGUGGGCCAUACCUGGUGUGCACGUCCUUUGUCACCUCGCCCAGAGCCACCCUGGCCGUGCCCCUCUCGGUUAACCACGGCGGCCAGAGCAGCCACAGGCUGGAGGAGGAGGACGUGCCAAAGCCAGCCAGGCGCCAGUACCGUACGGAAGAAGGCCUCCCCUUUCCCCAGGUGAACCAGGGGAACAUGCCCGGCAUCCAGAGCACCUUCCUGGCCAUGGACACGGAGGAGGGUGUGGAGGUGGUGUGGAACGAGCUGCUCUUCACCGACAAGAAGGCCUUCAAAGCACACGAGGAGAAGAUCAAGACCAUGUUUGAGCAGCUGGUGCUGGUGGAUCACCCCAACAUUGUGAAGCUCCACAAGUACUGGCUGGAUGUGAAGGACUCAAAGGCACGGGUCAUCUUCAUCACAGAGUACGUGUCCUCAGGGAGCCUCAAGCAGUUCCUGAAGAAAACCAAGAAGAACCACAAGGCCAUGAAUGCCCGGGCCUGGAAGCGCUGGUGCACCCAAAUCCUCUCGGCUCUCAGCUUCCUGCACUCCUGUGAGCCCCCCAUCAUCCACGGCAACCUCACCAGCGACACCAUCUUCCCUGUCCGGGGGUGUCCCCUGUCCGGGGGUUUCCCCAGUGAAGCCCCCAUGGACUGGCCGUGCUUCCCCUCCCAGAUGGCCGUGCUGGAGAUCCAGACCAACGGGGACACGCGGGUCUCGGAGGAGGCCAUCGCACGGGCCCGGCAUUCCCUGGAUGAUCCCAACAUGCGGGAGUUCAUCCUGUCCUGCCUGACCCUGAACCCGGACAAGCGCCCGACCGCCAACAACCUCCUCUUCCACCGGGUGCUCUUCGAGGUGCAUUCCCUGAAGCUGCUGGCAGCCCAUUGCUUCAUCAACCACCAGUAUCUGAUGCCAGAGAACGUGGUGGAGGAGAAAAUCAAGGAGCUGGACCUGAACAUGGUGAUGGCCGAGAUCCGCAGGGAGGGUCGGCCUGGGGCGCAGUGGAGGUACUCGGAGGUUUCCUUCCUUGAGCUCGACAAGUUCCUGGAGGACGUCAGGAAUGGGAUUUACCCCCUGAUGAACUUCGCUGUCUCCAGACCCCACGCCCUCCCCCGCGCCCUCUCCCAGCCCCAGGAGGAUCCUCAGAAAGCCAAGACUCCCACCCCAGAGCCCUUUGAUGUGGAGACCAGAAAGGUGGUGCAGAUGCAGUGCAACAUGGAGCUGAACGAGGACAAGAGCCAGUGGCACCUCACGCUCCUGCUCAUCCUGGAGGACAAACUGCACCGCCAGCUCAGCUAUGACCUGCUGCCCACUGAUAACUCCAAGGAUUUGGCCACAGAGCUGGUGCAUUACGGAUUCAUCCACGAGGACGACUGUGAAAAGCUGGCCACGUUCCUGGAGAGUGCCUUCCACAAGCACCGCUCCCAAGCCCUGUGAGCUGGGGACCCACCGCAGCCCCCGUUCCCAGGGGAUCGAGGUGCCGGACUGGAGGAUCCCAAAGGGCUCCUGACCCACCAGACUGCAGCAGGACUCAGCUGGCCGGGCCUUGGGCCCACGGGGAUUUGCCCAAUCCGUGCUCUGGGAAGGCAACAGCUGAUGGAGGACUCUGCAAACACCAGGAAUUGCAUCCCGGGACGUUGGGACUCGAGUUCUGGUGCCUGCUUCCAGUGGGAGGUGUGGGGGAGUGGGCAGCAACCCCCAGCAGCCCCUUCCCAGUGGGGUUUGUGGAGCUGCUGCAGGAACCCCAACAGGAUCCGUUUCCCUCUGGGAACGAUCGGCUUUUCUCGCUGCGGGUCCCAAAGCUAUUUUUUUCCUCUUUGCCAUCUGGAAUGGUCCUUGCUGAGGGGAGGGGAGGGGAGGAGCAGGCUUGGAGAGCCCCGGUGUAGCUUCCCAUCUGCCACAUUCCACUCUCCAUCCUGAAUUUCUCCAGGUUUAAUGUCUCCACUGCGCUGCCUGUGCUCAGAAUCCUCACGAUGAGCUGGGACUGUGUGAGCUGGACAUGAUAUGUCUUGAGAAGAAAUUCCAGAAAUCAUGACCCACCACCUGGAUCCAC